AAAUAUAGAAAAGAAUAAAAACAUUAAGUGUAAAAUAAGUUGAAAUGCUUAAAUAUUUAAUAAGUAUUUGCCUUAAAAAUCUAGAAAAUAAAAAAAAACAAAAAGCAGGAUAAUUAAUUAUCAUGCAUUUAAUAUUUUAAAGAGUUUUAAAAAAAAUAACUUUCAAAUUAAAUAGAAUUAAAAACUAAGCAGUUUUUAUUUAAAAGUUUAUGUAAUGGACAAUAUUUACAAUAUAAUAAUAAAGAAAGCUUUAUGUAAAAUAUGGGAUAAUCAUAUAUUGAACUUUUUAAAAUAAUAAAUACUAUAAUUAAAUUAAGAAAAUUUAUAAGAGUCAUAUAUUUUAAAAUUUUAUAAGCUUUUUAGUACUUAUUCUGUUUAAAAUAAUAUUGA